AUGGCGAUGGUGAUUGUGGAUUCACGCGGCAGAAACGAUGUUGUCGAUGAGCAGAAGGCGGCUAUGGGGCUGAUGACGAAGCUGAUUUUGCCCGACGAAGUGGGGAUUUUGCUGGUGAGGUCGAUCGACGAAAACAACGUGGUGGUGGAGUGCUGCGGCGGAAGGGUUUCCUUGAUUUGCAAUGGAAAGACAUGGAAGGGAACGACUGUUCUGCCUUUUGCCUUCUCUUUCUUUUUGUUUUUUUAA